AUGGCGGCCUCCUCAUCUUCACCCGACAGUGGAGUGCUUGGGAUCGAUUUCUAUCAAAAUUACACGGCGUCUGAGGUUUUCGUGCAGGGGAUUGCUCGCCAGGUGAACCAAGAAGAUGUGGAGACCAUCAUAUCAGCCCAGAAAACCAUGCUGCAGAGAUUCGAAAAGACCAACGAGAUGCUUUCGAACUGCAAUGUGCUCUCCACCAACAGAUAUCAGAAUGCCAUCGUAGAUUUUCGCAAGCAUUUGCAUGUUCUCACAGACAUGAAGAAGGAUCUGGAUUUCAUAUUUCAAAGAAUUCGAAUAAUGAAAGCAAAGCUGGAAGCUCAAAGGCCUACAGCCUUUGCAGAGGUGAGGAGGAUGGCAGCCACGGUGACGUCUCCGAUUUUAGAACCUGAAGAGGAGGAGGAUGAUGAACAAGAGAAAGAUAGCUCUUCGACCUCAGAUUCUGACGACUUCACGACCAGAAGGAAACCGGGAGCUAGAAGGAUAGUGUUUUCAUCCUCUUCAAGUGACACCAUGGAUUGAUCAUCACUUGCACUCUUCAAUGUGCCAUUUAGUCACACUUUCUGGAGCCUACAGCUUUCUGUCUGACAGGGUGACUGGCAGUACUGGUUUCCUGUCUACCUUCUAAGAAAGAUUCACCCCUUGCCAUCAGGCUUCUCCUAAUGACCUAAGAUGGAGUGGGAUCUCUUUUUUCUCAUUUUACCUGGAAUUAAAAGUAAUACUCUGUUGGUAUAAUUUACUGUGACUGUGAUAGAAAUGCUUAUUGGUACAGAUAUUGAAAUUUACAUUUUCUUUCAAUUUCCUUAAGCUUUUGGUUCCAGGUUCAAACCAUGCAACAUUCUGAAGGAAUGUCUCUGGGUCUUGGUCAUAGAGCUAAUUCCAAAGUUGUUAGUUCUGAGAGGGCUGCACAUGCCAUCUCUCAAUGAGUUCAUUAAACAUUAGGUCAAUAUGAGAGAUGACAGUGCAGAAGACUGGACAAUAAAUGAGGUUGGGAACAGGUCAUUGUUGCUGAUACAAACAUUGGACUAUCUCCAGGGGUGAAUUAAGGUUAUGAGGGGCCUAAGGCUAAUGGGAGGGAAGGGUCUAAGUAUGAAUUACAUAUUGCAACAAAAAACAAUGGAAUGGAGGGCCUAAGGCUAUAGCCAUGGGUUAAUUCCAACCUGACUAUCUCAUCCUUUCUUUAAGCUCACUUUCUUCUCACAUCCAAUCACCCCACCUCUUUCUAAUCAUCUUGUGACAUCAUUUUUAUGUAGUUUUGGUCCUGUUGAGUCCAUCCCUGGUAUUGUAUGUAUUUCCAGUUCAUUAAGCCAGGUUAUUCGCAACUUCCUGGACAAAAUCACCGAUUCUGGUCCUCACUAUGUAAUACUUGGUAGGUCUCUAUGUCCAAUUUUAUUUAUGUCAUAGCUUAAGAAAUCCACUAUCACAGUGGAAAGUUACAACUACACAAUUGUCCUUCAUGAUCUUUUUUUUUUUAACACAUCCACUGC